GCAGACCACUAACAGCACACUGUUCACGCACUGUUACUUUUGUUUUGUUCAAAUUGAGUUAAAACUAAUCCAUGUAGAACGUUGGAUUGUUGGUGUUCCUUGAUGAUAAUCCUUCAGUAGAUCAGUACUGCAAGCAAAACAACGAAUGAAAACGCCAAAAAGCUGGUAGCAUUUGUUUGUGGCUACUGCUUCUGACAAUUUUCUAUGCGCAGAUCAUUUAGUGGCACGGCAUGUGGAUAUGAAAAUGUGAAUUACUCGGCGGCAACCAGUGUGUUUUCCACAAAUCAAACCACAAUCGGAGUAGAUAAGCAUCCAACUCCACUUUCAGCUGCGUUUCAUUACAGAUCAAAAGGCAAUGUUCCCCUACAAACACAAGUGCACGUUGCUUUGGCUAUUGCUGGUGCUGCUUACUGGACACGCACGCGCACGACCAGAGCAGCAGCAGCACGCUGUGGCGAACGAGCCGUUGGUGGCUGAAAAGGAAGAUGGUCACUCCUUGACAGCUCCUCGCCCAGCCGAUGAUGAAUUGGCGACUGUGGCGCCAACAACGACACCAGAUCCCGCUGUGGCUAUCGCGCAGGGUGCAGCAACUGAAGCCACCCACUCCCAGCCCGUCGCAACGGCAGUGCCAGCAACGUCCUCUACCUCGACCUCAACCACUGUUCCCGUUCCGCUGCUGCCAGCUGCACCGGAACAGCCCGAGUAUCUGAAGCACUGUUUCUAUGCCGAAGAGCACUGGUGCAUGUCUGGCCAUGACGGCCAGGGAAACGAAGCACCCGACGCACUGGGAAACGUGUCGACAACACCAGAGUUGGACUCGAAGGGUUUUGGCGCUCAGAUCAAUGCUAGUCAGGGGCACAGCCAGAACCUUGAACGCAAUGCGAACAGCUGCCAGUGCCACGAGUAUCCGGGAAAGGCCAACUCCUGGUAUUGCUGCAACAUAUCGCAAAUGUCAAUGAUCUCAACCUGCAGCAAUAUAUCAAAAUGGACAAAUCUGCACGUGCGAAAUCUCACCGUGCGGACCAUGGAUCUCUCCAAUCCCAUAUUCCGCUCUCUCCAGUCGCUGGCCGUAACCGAUGGCAAUAUAACGAAACUGAUAAAUGCCUUUCCGCGACACUCGGCCCUUAAGUGCCUCAACAUAUCGAACAAUAACAUUUCGGAUAUACCGUCACGAAUGUUCAAGGAUGUUCCCCAUUUGGAAUUCUUUGGCAUGUCGCGAAAUAAUUUAUCAUUAGUGCCACAUCACAAUCAGAACAAAAACAUUACUCUGGACAUCAGUGGCAAUAUGCGCAUGCUCUGCAACCCGCUAAACGAAAUCAUUAACAAUGAUUCAUACAACUUUGUGAACCCAAAGCACUCGUACUGCUUGUACAAUGCCACCCAUGAGUGGUUUCAGUCCACGGACCAUGUAUCCGUGGAGCAGCUGGAGAGCACGAAGCGUUGCAUGACCAAGUGCCCGGUGAUACCAAACUAUGGCAGAUGCAAGUGCAGAUUCGAGAGCAUCAUGAUUAUACAGGAUGAUCAGUCCAAGCCCAAGUGCCAUGUGGACUGCUCCAACCUGGGAUUGGUGGAGCUGCCACCCAGGCUGCCCGACAAUACGUUUGUGCUGAAUAUAACCAACAACAAAAUAACCAGCCUGGGCGACCACUUCCAAACCAAUCCCACAUAUCAUAACAUUAACAGACUGGUCGCCGACAACAAUCAGAUAGCCUCCAUUUACGAAUUUGAGGGCACAAAGUUUAUUGAGAACUUCCAGCGCAUCUACAUGCGCAACAAUUCUCUGAGCAAGAUACCUGAAUACUUUCUAAACAACGCACUAAUGGAUACGGGUCGACGGAUUUACCUGGCAGGCAACAAGCUGCAAUGCGACUGCAACUCGGCCAAAACUCUGCAGAAUUGGCUCAAGGAGCGCAGCACCGAUAUACCCGACUACAUGGAGAUACGCUGCCGGAAUAUACCCCAGAGUGUCAUUGAGCUGCAGGAGGCCAAACUAUGCCAGUCGCCGCCUGACUGGACGGACUAUAUUUACUAUUUGAUAGCCGCCGAAGUUAUCCUGCUGCUGGCGCUUAUCACCAAAGUAUCCUAUGAUUAUUGGGUCUUUAAGACCUCUGGCUAUUUACCGUGGCCAGCUAGCAAAAUGCCCAAAUUGCCAUGCGAUUGGUUGUGCGAGUCCUAGAGAGAAAUUUUGAGGAAGAGGACUUAGUCCUUGGCGAACAAUUAAUCAUACAUAAGAUAGCUAAAUAGCUAGCAAGUCGUAAAGAGAAAUAAAACUGGAGUUGACCCGACAUUUUGGCAGAGAAAUGUUUGGCAAAUGAGCCUCGGACCAUGACAAAAUCAAAUGGCAGGGCGCACUAUUAUAUCUGACAGUGCAACCAUGUGCCUUUUACAUGCAUAUGCGUAUGCUAACGUACCUACAUAUGUAUGUAUAUAAAUCCAAUUUGUAUUUUUGGUGUUUAUCUAUUUUUGGUAUAUUAAGAGAACAACUGUAAAGAGCUGCCAGUAACCAAAUUUACAACAGAUAAGACUUUUAAAUGAGCUCUCACAGUCAUGACUCGUGGUCAAAUUUUUACUGUCCUCGUAUCAAUCACGUUUGUUUUAAGCUAAUUUUUUUUUGUAAAAGUUUGAUGUAUAUAAAACAGUGAUCGGCAUCAAUCCAAUAACGGCACGAAGCCGGUACGUUUUCUUGGUUUCUGCCGCAGAACACUCCUAUCCUCGAUUGGAUGUAUAUUUAUUACAGCCAAAACAAGACCAACAAAAUGUUGCCACAUCGUGUAUUUACGGCACUGAAUAUGUAAAUGUAAGCUUUGCGCAUCAAUUAGUCGGUGAUGAUCGAAACAAAAUAUUGAUUUGAUUUUGAUAUUUUAAAAGAUUUAAAGAAAAGAAUAUAUUAUGUAUUAUAAAUAAAUUUAGUUUCGAUGCAAUGC